AUGUCUUUAUUGUUCAGCUUGCUUUUUGUUUUUUGCAUUUUUUCCCCAACUUUGGCGGAUUUGGAUGACUCGAAGAUUGAGUCGAUUCCGUGUGGCGGGAAGAAACGUUCGUUGAGCAAACCUGAAGCGUAAGUGGUGACGAUGACAAUGUCUAAAGUUAAGGGAUUUUGUAGAGGUGUUGGCUGGGGAAGUGGUCAAAGUUCAGGUUUCAGAUUUUGAUAAAACUGGGCCAUAUUUGGACAUCAUGUUUUCUAAGGCGAGAUUCUCAACUUGCGGAGGCAACCAAGAGUAUUAGGACCGAAAUUGGCGAGAAAUUGGCAGUUUUAGCAAAUUUUAGCAUAAGAAUCUUCAGUCUAAAUUCUAUUACAGUGAUCCAGUGGCAAAAAACAUACCAUUUUGCAUCCGGGAAGUAUCAAAAAUGUGCCAAAAUGCUUCCUUCUCCAAGUGAAAAAAACUCCGAUUUCAAAAGCGCGCCCACUCCUUUUUGUGGGGGAAAGGGACCUUCAAAAUGAAGUUUUUUCACUUGGAGAGGGAAGCAUUUUGCUACAUUUUUGGUACUUCCCGGAUGCAAAAUGGAACGUUUUUUGCCACUGGAUCGGGUCCGUCACUGUAGAGACGAAAGCCUCUCUUCAAAAGACUAUUUUUUCCAUGUCAAAUUGGCUGAGAUAUUGAACUCUUCUCCUGGCUACUUCGAAAAAAAUGACAAGAAUUUCCACUCCCCCCUCUUUCAGAUUGGACCAUAUAAACAAAUGCGUGAAAGGCGAGAUCGACGAAGAGCAAUGUUUGAAUGCGACAAAACCCGAGGUCUUAUUGCACAAGAUUUUCAAGCUGAUCAACACCCGAUACGAGAAGGACAACAACAUUGAAAAGUUCGAAGAGUGUGCCGCCAAAAUCCAUGAGAGUGUGCCAUGGGAAUACGUUCGUGUAAUGCACAGACACAACCAAUAUUCGACCGGUAGGAAUAAGCACCGAUGCAUUUCAAUCGACCAGAUCUGCAGGUAAGUCGGAAUUUUUCUUAUUAUUUCAAUACUUAGUGUAAUAUUUAUGUCUUAUACAAGUGAUUUUUUAGAGACAACUCAAAGUAUUUGAUUCCAUUUGCUUGUUUUGUUAAGAAGAAUUGCGACAGAUCAAUUGCCGACCUGGGAUAUGCAAUGCAGUACGCUUUUCAGCAAAUCAGUUUGGAACAGGAAGGCCCGAUUCGGUAAGCAUUUUUCUAGUAGGGUCGGCAGUCUUUGAGGAUUACAUAAUAUGCUUUAAUAUAGAAUUUUUGAGCAAGAUAUUGAGAAUAUUUCAAUACCAAACCCAAAAAAUUUGAUCUUUGACCUCUUCCGAAUUACUUUUUUUCAACUUCACCCUACCCUUUUGUCUUUUUCACAAAGCAAACUACAGGGUGGGCCAAAAAAAAUGGACAUUAAUUUUUCUUCGAUUUUUCAUGCCAUGAAACAGUUUGUGAAAAAAGGUAUAUAUGGCAUGAAAGUACUGUGUUAAGGUAACAUAUUAACUGUAGAAUUUUUGUCCUGUCUGCAGAAGUUUCUAACAUACGGUUGCAGGAAGGUCGCCGGGUCAGCGCGCCAAUUCCCGCGGCAAAAAUUUCAAAAGUUCUUACCCCAAAAUUUUUUAGUGUCGCUGUAAAGACAUACCAAGCAGUCUACGCAAAUCUAGGAGACAUGCCCCCUUAUGCUUUAAAAGGAUUUAACCCAAGCUUUUCGGAAAAUGAAGAACCAGUGACCAGAAGUUAGACACUCGGCCGGGGAAAAUCGAGCUUUAUUUGCGCACUUUCGGAAAAUCGAUGCUCUACCAAACAUAGUGAACAUUUUGAAACUAAUUACGCCCAUACGGUGUUUACUACUCUACGAUGAAUAUACUAAGCGCAUUUUUGACAAUAGUACCCCUCAAUCAGCAAGAUGGCAAGCAAAAAAUCGAUUUUUUUGACUUUUUGAUGGGUCAUCUCAAUAAUACAUGGAUUCUGAAGGCUAGCUGCAUCCUCAUUUUAUGAAACUGACUUAAAAUGGAAGAAAGAGGUCGUAUCACCUUGAUAUAAAAGUAUCCCGUCAUAGUUAUCUGGCAUGUUGGAGAACGCCAACAAAAAAGAAAAAAAUUUCUGAUCAAAAAAUAUCAGCGUCUCUGGGUAUAGCCGGCUGAAAUUUUUUAAGGUCUGCGUACGGCUGAUGCAAGCUAUUAUCAAAUCAACAGCUGGCCCAUGUAAAGCAAUGUUAGAUGUCUUACAGUGACCACUUUUUGCUAUCAAAAGCAUGAGCCGGGCUCCCUGCGACUCUUGAAUGUCAAUUAUCUCAAAAAUCUAGAAUUAUCUAGAUGGACCUCUUGUGGAUCACGUUGAGAACUGCUGGAGCAAAAUUAAUAGAAUACUAUCAGCUUUUUUGCUUCUGUGGGCUCCCCUUAGUAUCAUGAUAAACAGUCAACCACCAGUUUUGGGCUGGUCAUAGACGUUCAGGUCAUUGAAGAUUUUUGGACCCAUAAAAUUUUCGGAAAACGAAGUCAGAAUAUGGACUGGUCUAGCAUUUUGGCUUGUAUCAUCGGUUCAACAAAAGUAUAUAAAAAAUUUAAAUAGUUGUGAUAAAGUAGGAUAGUUGACAAUUAUAAAACUAUUUUCCUUUCCGUUGAUUACGGUAUUCGUGCCGGGAUACACCGACUUUUAAUUUUGUCCAUUUUUUUGGCCCACCCUGUACUCUAUUUUUAGAUGUUCUCAAGGCUCCGAUGACUCUCAAUUUGACCUAAAUCCAGAAGCUUAUGAUCCGGAAGUUUCUCUAAAAUCCAUCGAGAUUGUCAACGAAAACUUAUGUAACGGAGUGGCCAAGCUGAACGAGACCUUGGAAAGCAACCACAAGCACACUUUGCCCUUGUCCGUGUAUGAACGGCUCUUAUCCAAAAAAGGAAAAAAACAUUAG